GUCCCAAACAGUAAGGAUUGGGAGGGCACCAGGUGGCAUAACAGUGUCCAGGGGGACGGGCCAGGAUCUCCAGGCAAGCUGGGCCCAUGGUCUCUGGGACUGGGGCCGGCUUUCCCCCAUGGCCCCCCCUCCGGAGAGCCUCCGGCGGACCUCAGUGUGAGGUCAGCGCUCAUUUAGCUGAUUAAUUUUGAUGUUUGGUUUGAAGGAGACCUGUGGUGCAAUGUGAGAUUCUAAUCGCGGCCUGUAAUUAGAGAACAGACCAAGCCACUAAUGAUGGAGCUGGCCCAGCCACCCUGCUUAAAGGGGUCUCAAGUUUGAAAUAUUGUAAUAGAAUAAUUAGCAGAGUCCCACCAUCUGGAGAGUCUCUUGAUGCUUGGGAAUUAGGAACCGUUAACUGUUUUAAAAAUCACAAGUUUCCGAAAUGUUUUCCUGCCUUUGGAUCAAAAUUUAGCAGUUGCCUCGGGAGUCUGAGAGAAUGGCUUCAGGUAACAGCUUCCUUGGUAAGAGCGCUGCCGGGAAACUGAGGCACUAGGGUCAACCUCAGCCUGAUCUCACAGCACCAGUGUGGUGACUGCAGGGACUGCUCCUGUGUCCCUAUCCUUCACUGAGUGGGCCACUGGUUUCUGCCCUCAUUGGAGACACGCCGUGUUGGUCCCUGAAGAAGUGUGGAGUGGAGUCUCCUGGGCCUGUGACAGAAACUUGGUCGUGACUGGGUUGUUUUUUAUCUCUCUAGAGGAAGAUCCCUAAGUACAGGGUGUAGGCCCUCUCUCUCUCUCUCUGUCUCUCUCUCUCUCUCUCUCUCUCACACACACACACACACACUGUCUCUCUCUCUCUGUCUCUCUGUCAUUCUGGACCUGGGGACUUGGGCCUUGCUACCAGAGAGUCUCAGUUGGAAGGGUCUAUUGAGAAUCUGCCCUUCCCUGAAGCUGCUCUCAAAGCAAGUCCAGGCACUGCUGAGGGACAGCCCUCGGCUCCUUCCUCCGCCCAUUGCCGCCACCUCUGGGUCCUGGGGCUGUGCCAGGCUCUGACAUCUGUUCUGGUUCCUUAGGCUUGGAGGAGCCACCUCGUGCCCCAGGCAGGCCGGCCCCGCCCCUCCGGCCAGGGCUGGCGUGGGCUGCAGUCCUCAGCAUCACAGCCAGUGGCCCCGACUGCCCCGCGGAGGAGGAAGAUGAGCGAGUCCACCUCAAAGUCUAGCCAGCCUCUGGCCUCCAAGCAGGAGAAGGACGGGACGGAGAAGCGAGGCCGGGGUAGGCCGCGCAAGCAGCCUCCGAAGGAGCCCAGUGAAGUGCCAACACCGAAGAGACCUCGGGGCCGACCAAAGGGGAGCAAAAACAAGGGCUCUGCUAAGACGCGGAAAGCUACCGCAGCUCCAGGGAGGAAACCGAGGGGUAGACCCAAGAAACUGGAGAAGGAGGAAGAGGAGGGUAUCUCCCAGGAGUCCUCGGAGGAGGAGCAGUGACCACGCGCAGUGCCGCCUGCUCCUGGGCCACCAGAGGAGCAGCUCUCCCUCGGGACUGGAACCCUGCUCCCAGGCCCCUCCCCUCCCCACUGCACACUACCGCACUGGCUGCAGGCUCUGCGGCACCCACGGGGGCCAAAGUGCCCUCCCCGACACACAUGCCCUCUCCCGACAAGGCUGGCUUCCCGGUUAGCCGCAGCCUGUCCUGCUGCGCACCUCCCUUAGAGACAUUGCUCUCUAGGCUCUUUGGUUUGGCAGGUCCCUUCUGCUGCGCUCUCCCUGGCUUCCUGGUAGAGGGACGGUCCUGGGAGCAUCCCUGGCCUUGAAGGGCCCCAGCCCCUUCUCGGUUCUGUCAAGCCCCCCUGACUGACCUAGCUAGCAGCGGGUGUGGUCGGUGCUGGGAUGCUUGGAUCCCAGCAUGCGCGCCCCCUCCAAACUCACCGGGUGGGUUUCUCAGCCACCGCUAACCCACCUAACCCAGACCCUGCCCUAGGAUGGCUACAGAAAGUAGGAUGCAAUGGCCACACCCAGCGUGUUCUCACCUGGGACCCAAUGCAGCCACAGACGAGUCAACCACCCACCUCCAGGGUGCCGUCCUCCUGAGGCAGAUGGGGCGCUAACUCACCUCCCCCACUCCGACUCUAGGGCUGUUCCCCUUCCUCCACUGGACACCAAGGAGCUCCCCUUGUCCCCUCCUCUUGCUCUCUCCCCUCCUCCCCCCAAGGUUCUGGUUCAUCUUUUCCUCUGUUCACAAACUACCUCUGGACAGUUGUGUUGUUGGUUUUUUUUUUGUUGUUUUUUUUUUUUUUGUUCAAUGUUCAUUCUUAGACAUCCACCAUUGCUGCUGCUGCCAAGAGUUCAUCCUCCCUUUCUGCCUGCAUUCUCCCCAAGACACUCUAGCGGGAGGGGGCCGGGGCGCAGCAGGCUGGUUACCAAGCACCCCCGGGAAGAUGGGGCCUGCCCCUUGGCUGCUGCAGCAGAGUGAGGGGGCAGGCCGCUGUGAUGGGGAAAGGGUGUGGGACCGCCUUCUCCCCUCGUUCUGUGGGGGAGGGGUGGCCAGUAUUUGUCCCGGCCUGGGGCCCCCCCUCUGGUUUCCUAUUUGCAGUUACUUGAAUAAAAAAAGCCUUUUCUGGA